ACUAGUACUACUAGUAGUACUAGUAGGCAAGGCACCUGCCGAUUUAAUGACGUCCUCAUACGUCAAGCUCUCAGGGCGGUCAGGCUCUUAAGUUAGGGAUUAUCCUUCGCCCCAUCAAAGAUCUGGAGCGACAGUUGUUGAUUUACAGGGUCUUUCUUCCCUUCUACCUUUACGGGAUCGGCAAGAAAAAUUCAAGGUUUAAUAAAUAUAUGUCUUCCGGGAAUGAUUCCAUGCUUUAGAUCAGGGUUGUCCUACAGGAGUUGAGCUCGGAAGAUGAAAGGAGAAGUACAGUCUUAGUUUAAAAAGCUGUUCAUUCUUUACUCAAUAUGCAAGCGACUAUUCUUCGGGUGCAACCAUUUCGGUCCAAGAUUAGCAUAACAAAGUACACACCAUGGAAGCGACCCUUUUCGUCUUCUCUUCGCCGCUGUGAAAUCAGAGAUAUAGAGACACUACCUCAGCGUCUAUUACCUAAAUACGAAGAAUCUUGGGAGGGCGAUCUCCUUGCUCUUCAAUGGCCAGCGCCCCCUCGAAAUGUCUUUGUUGUGAAAAAGGACUGCGUGCCAACAGUAACGGAAUCACUGGUUGAAUUUGCGAAUCAUGUAACAUCUACAUAUCCAUCUAUCGCCCUGAUCCUAGAGCCGAAGACUGCCGAAGAAAUUCAUUCAAGCUUUCCUUUUCCUAUCUACUCAGCUCCAUUGGACAGGCUAGCCUCGGCGCUACAUAGUAAGGCGGACCUUACGGUUACUCUUGGUGGGGAUGGAACUAUUUUGCAUGCCUCUUCCUUAUUCGCUACAUGUUACAAUGUACCCCCCGUGCUUUCAUUCAGCAUGGGUACGCUGGGGUUUUUAAGCGAGUGGAAGUUCGAGGAGUACAAACGCGCAUUUCGUGAGGUAUACAUGUCCGGCGCGGGAGUAGGGGAUCGAGCUCCUAUGUUAGAAGCGUCGAGGUGUACUGCAACGGAUUAUCAAGCGGAUUUUGAGACAGGCCCUACGGGAUGGUCGUCGGUUCGUGGGAAAUCAAUGGGCUCGAGUCGCGGAGCUCGCAUCUUGAUGCGGAACCGCUUAAAAGUGGGCCUUUUCACCGCUGAUGGGAGACCUGUUCAGCAAGACCGAAGGUCAACUUCUAUGCAGAGUAGAUUGAGCAGCCAGGGAGUGUAUGUAUUGAACGAAGUGCUCCUCCAUCGUGGCAAGGAACCGCAUCUUGCGGUGGUGAAUGUUUAUGUCGGAGGGCGAUUCCUUACAGAGGCAGUAGCGGAUGGGAUCAUCAUCUCGACGCCCACGGGUAGUACCGCAUACAGCUUGAGUAGUGGUGGAAGUAUUGUUCAUCCCCUGGUACCUUCGGUUCUACUAACCCCAAUCUGCGCCCGGAGUCUGAGUUUCCGGCCUGUGGUUCUACCAUCCAGCACGCCGAUUACGCUGAAAUUGAGUGAGAAGAAUCGGGGUCGUGAAUUAGAGAUGAGUAUUGACGGGGUCAACAUGGGUCAGGGAAUGGCAGUCGGUAUGGAGGUCCGGGUAUGGAAUGAAGAGAUGCGGCAUGGCAAGAACGAAUGGCAAGGAGGAGUGCCAUGUGUAAUGAGGAGAAUUAUGGGUGGUGAGGCGCAUGAUGGAUGGGUUGGCGGUCUGAAUGGGCUGCUUAAAUUUAACUACCCCUUCGGUGAAGAACCAUGAUGAACCGACAGAGGAUCAUCCAUAUUUUCGAUCUAUUAUUAUGAAAACUUAUCCUGAGAGUUUAUUUACUUUACCAUCUACUGCCAGGAAACGACUUCUCCGGGAGGUCCCACUUGGAGCAAAACCAUCUCAAUGUUGCCUGGUGGACAGUCUAUAUGGCCUUAUCGCUGCUAUAGUGCGGAAUGUGUCAUGCGUAUGGCUGAUUACUCUUUAGUUGGUGGUAUUCUAUAAAUUAUAGUUUACGAAAGAGAGAAAGGCGGAGGUUGCUUGUAUCAGUCGAGUGGACCGCCCAAGUUCUUGGAUCUAUGGAACGACAACCCGUGGGUCGACAUUAUCUCUUUUGGACAAGACCAGGUGUGAUUGAUUUGAGGGCGAGCGAUUGGAUACAUCCAACAGUGGCAGGAUAUUUGAACAAACAUAGAUGCUCUAUGGGCCCAACUCGGGUUAUCUUCCGUGCACGAUUGUUCAUGAAAGUGCUUCAAUGCCUACUAAUUGCUUGAGUUAGGGGGCAAGCCCCGUGAGAUUGCUGCAUGCUCCAACCAGUCACAUUUUAGUUUACAUGGUAGUCAUCUUUUUCAUCAGGGAAAUUGGUAGUUUUCUGGUCCAAACUCGUUAUUUAUGUGAUUUACUCUGUCAGUCCACCUAUAGCGCAUUAUUUGGGUAGCAAUAACUCUGCGCCACUUACCG